CCAAGACCUGGUGCCGAGCCCUCCUGACAGAUGUGCUUUGUCCUUUGGCAGACACGAGCCACCAGACCCGCUCGGUGUCCAGCCGGCCCUACUACAGCUUGCCCAACAGCAGCCAUGAGAGACGCUCGGUGCUGGCCAUCGCGGAGCCGCCGCGCUUCCACUCGCAGGCCAAGGGCAAGAACGUGCGGCUGGACGCGCACUCGCGCAAGGCCACGCGCAGGAACAGCUUCUGCAACGGCGUCACCUUCACCAACCGGCCCAUCCACCUGUACGAGAAGGUGCGCCUCAAGCUGGUGGCCGUGCACCACGGCUGGAGCGGGGCCCUGCGCUUCGGCUUCACCAUCCAUGACCCCUCGCAGAUGAGCUCCGAGGAGAUACCAAAGUACGCCUGCCCCGACCUCGUCACCCGCCCCGGCUACUGGGCCAAGGCCCUGCCGGAGAGGUUUGCGGUCAGGGACAAUAUCUUGGCCUUCUGGGUGGACCGGCAUGGCAGAGUCUUCUACAGUAUUAAUGACGAGGAGCCCAUCUUGUUUCACUGUGGUAUUAAAGUUUCCGGGCCUCUCUGGGCCCUCAUAGACGUCUAUGGAAUUACCCACGAAGUGCAAAUUCUAGACAGCAUGUUUGCAGAGACCAUGACCACUGCCCGGCUCAGCACCGCCCGGCUCAGCACCUGCCUUCCCCAGAGCAACCACGACUCGGCCAACUUCAACAACAACGAGCUCGAGAACAACCAAGUGGUGGCCAAAAUCGCAAACCUAAACCUAAGCCGGGUUCCAGGACUUGGGACUGACAACCACAUCAUCCCCUGCUGCCCCAACCGGCGGCAGCACGCCCAGGGAGUGCCGGCCUUCCUGGACACCGACCUGCGGUUCCACCCCACCCGCGGCCCCGACAUCACCUUUUCCCAGGACAGGAUGGUGGCCUGCACCAACUGGCAGGAGAGCAAUAGGACUUUGGUGUUCUCUGACCGGCCUUUGCACAUCGGGGAGAGCCUCUUUGUGGAAGUAGGACACCUCGGGCUGCCGUAUUACGGGGCCCUCUCGUUCGGCAUCACCUCUUGUGAUCCGAGCACUUUGCGGACAAACGAGCUCCCGGCGGAUCCGGACUUUCUCCUGGAUCGCAAGGAGUACUGGGUGGUUUACCGGGCGUUCCCGGUGCUCAACAGCGGCGACAUCCUCAGCUUCAUGGUCCUGCCCAACGGAGAGGUGCACCACGGGGUCAACGGGGCCAGCCGGGGGAUGCUCAUGUGCGUGGACACCUCGCAGUCCCUCUGGGUGUUUUUUACAAUCCACGGUGUGAUCAACCAGCUCAAAAUCCUGGGCACGGUGCAGUCCAGCCCAGUGACCGUGUCUCCCUCAGGAUCCCCCGGGGGCUCCCAGUACGACAGCGACUCGGACAUGGCCUUCAGCGUCAACAGGUCCUCAUCAGCCUCCGAGUCCUCACUGGUGACUGCCCCCAGCUCCCCUUUGAGCCCCCCCAUCUCUCCUGUCUUCUCCCCUCCGGAGCCAUCGAGCAGCAAGAACGGGGAGUGCACCGUGUGCUUUGACAGCGAGGUGGACACGGUGAUCUACACCUGCGGACACAUGUGCCUCUGCAACACCUGUGGUCUUAAGCUGAAGAAGCAGCUCAACGCCUGCUGCCCCAUCUGCCGACGGGUUAUCAAAGAUGUGAUUAAAAUCUACCGGCCGUAGGGGGCUGCUGGAAGGGGGAACGCCGCUAGCAACCCACGCCUUUCCGUCCCUGCUUCUGGGUUAUCGUGCUGGUCAGUCGUUA